GAGAGUGUGCAGGAUACAGUGUCUCUCUCAUUGCUACAUUGCACAGUCUCUUACAGUGCAGGAUACAGUGUCUCUCUCAUUGCUACAUUGCACAGUCUCUUACAGUGCAGGAUUACUCUGGGCACAGUGUCUCUAUACUGGACUAGCAAGAACCCCAAAUCUGAUCUCCAGCUGUGAACAUCUGUCUGGGAGCCAUGUAUCUGAGUGGGACCCUAUUAACUGUGUCACUGCUGCUGCUUAGCCAGGCGGUCGCUGAAGACAGUUGCGCAAGUGGUCAGUUUACAAGUAAUGGCGAGUGCUGCUCCCUCUGUGACCCGGGCUAUGGCGUAGCAGUGCCGUGCGGUGACAAAGAUACCGUGUGUAAACCCUGCACUGAUGGAACCUUCUCAGACUCCAGCAGUGUCACUGACAAGUGCCAGCCUUGCUCCAGCUGUGAGGGUCCCUCUCAAUCCAUAGAAUCUAGCUGUACUUCCAAGAGUGACACUGUCUGCCGGUGCCAAGAUGGGCAUUUUCUACAAUUCGAACAUUACAGCAAUAGGACCUGUGUUCCCUGCCAGCUGUGCUCCAAGGGGUUCGGGGUAACUUCUGUCUGCACCCGUACAGAGAACACACAAUGCCAACUGUGCCCCAAAGGAUCCUAUUCGGAGGAGAAGAGCCGAAUGUCGCCCUGCUUACCGUGCCGGACAGAGUGUGCAGAGACGGAGGUGCAGAUUGGUGACUGCGUCCCUCAACAUGACAUCCUGUGCAUGAAUAAAGAUGUUCCCAUCCUGAAACGUGCUGAUGGCGACAGUCGGAAGGACGAUAACAUCACCGCAUCUGGUUCUCCCCACUUCAUCGCCCCAUCGGAUGACCACAGCAAAAACAUAAUCCCCGUAUACUGCUCCAUCCUGGCUGCUGUGGUCGUGGGGCUUAUUGUAUAUGUCGCUUUCAAGUGUUACACAACCUGCAAGCAGAAGAAGCAGUUGGCAAAGGCCAGGGCAGUUGAACUGGCAACAUCUGGCGAGGGGGAGAAACUGCACAGUGACAGUGGGGUUUUCCUGGACACACACAGCCUGCAGGACCAGAACCAACUAAGCAAAGUAAAAACGGAACCCAAACUUUACAUUAACCUGCCGCCGAACAAGCAAGAGGAAGUGGAGCGCCUUUUGGCAGACUCCAGCCGUGGGAAGGACUGGCAACGCCUGGCCAACCUCCUGGGGUACGAAGAGGCAGCCAUUGAAAUGUUUAUGAGAGGAGAAGAUCCUGUGCACACCCUUCUCACUGACUUUUCUACUAAAGAUGGCUCAACUCUCGAGGUCUUAUGUGCUGCUUUAGUCAACAUUGAACGGGCCGAUGUAGUGGAAACCCUGAACAGCUCAGCCGAUGCCAGCUCUGUGGUGUAAUCAUCACCAUUAUACCCUACAGUAGACGUAACUUUAUUGACGUUUAAUUCAAUUUACAGACUACAGUGACUUUUUAUUUCCAUUCUACUAAAAUUAAUGGACGUGUCUUGGAGAUGCAGUUAGCAGGGUGUUUGUAUCGUGGAGUGACCUGGCUUAAUUUGGGUUCAACUGUCACUUUCUACUAUGAGUAAUGCUGGUGUCUCUCGAUGACUCUCAAGGCCUCAGUCUGCCAGCUCUGUUGGCCUCCUUCGUCUUUAGACCACACACAACUGAUGGAGGCUUUUAUUUAACACCUUGACGCCAAGGGAAUGGAACAGUUGGAAGACCAUAAGAUAUGGCUGUUAAACUUUGUUUGGAUCAAGGUUUAUAAAUGUCAAUGACAUGAACGCAGAAAUGACUGGAUGUCUUGUCAGUGGUUCUCUGUCAGAUAUGGUCCACAAAUCCCGUAACAUUGAAGGCCCCUCUUUUAUAGAAAGGAUAAAAUAGCUGCAUCCUUUGGAGGAAAAAGCAAUUAUUAUGGGGGUCUGUAACUUAUAGAAUUCACUGCAAGAAGAAUCUGUGUUAUGUUUGUUGGGGUGAGCCGUUACGGACACAGCAAAGCUUAUGACAAUCACUGAUUUUCUUUUAUAAGUAAAAAGUUACAAUCAGGAAG